AUGGCACAGAAGGAGAACGUGGCCCCCACCCUGACCAAGGGUCCUGCCCCUCCCCCACUCCGGGUUCCCCGCAAGGACCCCCCGGGCUCGGAGCCCCCCGGGAAGGCCCCCACAGGAUCCGGGCGCGUCCCCCUGGAGCUCAGCGCGGUGCCGGCCCCUCCCCCACCCGUGCGCACCUUUUCCCUGGAGGAUUUCGAGGUGGGCCGGCCCCUGGGCAAAGGGAAGUUCGGGAACGUUUACCUGGCUCACCUGUCCCCAGGCGCACCUUUUCCCUGGAGGAUUUCGAGGUGGGCCGGCCCCUGGGCAAGGGGAAGUUCGGGAACGUUUACCUGGCUCACCUGUCCCAGGCGCACCUUUUCCCUGGAGGAUUUCGAGGUGGGCCGGCCCCUGGGCAAAGGGAAGUUCGGGAACGUUUACCUGGCUCACCUGUCCCAGGUGCUCUCAGGUGUGCCCAGGCGCACCUUUUCCCUGGAGGAUUUCGAGGUGGGCCGGCCCCUGGGCAAAGGAAAGUUCGGGAACGUUUACCUGGCGCGGGAGCGGCGCUCGGGGUUCCUGGUGGCGCUCAAGGUGCUCUUCAAGUCCCAGGUGGAGCAGGAGGGGGUGGAGCACCAGCUGAGGAGGGAGAUCGAGAUCCAGGCGCACCUGAGGCACCCCAACGUGCUCAGGCUCUACAAUUAUUUCCACGACCGGCGCCGGGUUUUUCUCAUCCUGGAAUUCGCUCCCAGGGGGGAGCUCUACAAGGAGCUGCAGCGCUGCAGGAGGCUGGAUGCCACCAGGACGGCCACGCUGAUGGAGGAGCUGGCCGACGCCCUGCUGUACUGCCACGGCCGCAAGGUGAUUCACCGCGACAUCAAACCCGAGAACCUCCUGCUGGGCCUCAAGGGGGAGCUCAAGAUCGCCGACUUCGGCUGGUCCGUGCACGCGCCCUCGCUCAGGCGCCGCACCCUGUGCGGGACCCUCGAUUACCUGCCCCCGGAGAUGGUGGAGGGCGGCGGCCAUGAUGAGAAGGUUGAUUUGUGGUGCCUGGGGGUUCUGUGCUACGAGCUCCUGGCCGGACACCCCCCCUUCGAGAGCCCCACGGCCGCUGAGACCUACAAGAGGAUCACACAGGUUGAUCUCCAUUUCCCGCCCCACCUGCCCCCAGGUGCGCGGGAUCUCAUCGAGCGUUUGCUGCAGCGCGACCCCGCCCGGCGCCUCGGCCUGAGGGGGUCCUGGGGCACCCCCUGGGUCAGGGGUCACUCACGGAGGGUGCUGCCGCCCGGACACCGACCUCUGACCUCUGACCCCUGACCUGUGAGUGACCCCUGACCUCCUGAGUGACC